AUGGAAAUAAUAGAAACGUCCACUACCGUUAGGCCAGCAGCAAACCUUACGCCAGAUGAAAAAUGGGGUUUGCUUUUUGAUGUAACUUGUUCUUUGGAAAUCCCAAUGGAAGAUUUUGACGAAAAUUGGUGGCCGUUAGUUUCGAAUAUCUGGACGCAAUGGAAUUUGUACAAACAAGCAAAUGGUAACGUUCGAAAAGAUUUCGCCUGUCGUCUUACGAAGCACUGGGAAUCGAGCUCACGACAAAAAGAAAAUGUCUCUAUUGAAAAGUGCCGAAUAACGAAGACACGACCAUCCAAAUUAUGUCAUGCUAAGAUUAGGGUGUUGUGGUUAAUAUCAUUAGAAAUAGUCAGAAUCGAACAUUAUAAAGACUCACCCAAUCACACGCAUACAGUAUUAGACUCAGAUAGAAUUAAACGCUCUCAAGCCGUUCGAAUUUUAGUGGAAAAUGAAGCGGUAAAAAACUAUUCUCCUCCUGCGAUCACUGUUACCGUUAGAGAAUAUGCAACUGAGUUAGAUCUUGGUACAAGUGUGAGCGAGCUGAAGCGCAAGGAAGUAUCUAAUAUUAAAUAUAAAAAAAAGGAUACCAUGUUGAAAAUUACCACGUUUUUUAUCGGUCCACCAAAUCCACCAAAUCCACCAAGGGCAUUACGAAUAAGUAUGAUUGGAGGCUUUUUACUUUAUACGUUCGCGAUACUUACGGAUGUUGAAAUGUGGGAGCUCACUUCUUUUAGUAUCAAGGCUAAAGCCAUCAAGAAGGCUUUUCCUGAGAUCAGUGCUGGUGAACAGGAGUGCGAAGUAAUCUUUUGUGUUGUACACGUUACAAGAACGUGGAUGACAAAGAUUUAUGAGAAACAAACUCGGGAUGUUAUGAACGCAGCAAUGCAUAAAAGAACAAAAAUUGUCUGCGAGAAACUUGUGCAAGAUGCAAUCAAUGAUUGUCCUGUUCCCGCUAUUCAAAAUUAUAUAAAAAGGAAUUUUAUGAAAAAUACACAACAAUGGGGGUUGUGGGCACGCCAACAUUCGCCGCUUCUUCUGCAGGUUACAUCUACGAAUCCGUUGGAAUCCUACCACAGCGAAUUGAAGAGAUUAACAUCUUCGUCACAUGGAUUAAUUGGUGCUGUAUAUAAUACUGUUGAUGUUGAUUUCAAAAAGAUAUCCGAAGCUGAAAGAGCUGCUUUUGAAUUCCGUACAAAGAAAAUAUCUGCCUAUGGUGUGUAUAAUGAUAUUAUAGAGGAAAUUCACAAGUUUCCCUUUCCACUUCAACAUCUACUUGUUAAGGAGGCUUGUUCUGUGAUGAAUAGAAUUGAAAAAGGUAAAGGUGCGCUGGGUUUAUCCUCGCUUAAUUGUCACUAUCUGUUUCGAAAUCGAUAUCUGCUACCAUGCAAACAUAUUUUUCAUGAACACAUCUAUGGAAGCACCAAAUUAUUGACCGUUGAUGUAUGGAAAGCAUUUCAGGGAAUGUUUGAAGAAUGUGGCUAUAAAAUAUAUGAAAAUUGCGAAUCAGUGAUAGAAUUUGUGCAGACAAAACAACUAAAAGAAGCUGAAGAUAGGAGACUUACUGUGGUGGAACUAACCGAAAGAAUUCGUGAUAAAUACUGGAGUGUUGAAGAGAGGGGUAAUACUGAGAAAACAGAAACUUUUAUUUCUAUGCUAGAAGCUUCUCUAAAUCUGAUUAUUUCGAAUUUUGAUAAAUCAAAUUAA